AUGGCCACGGGUGGUGGUGUUGGUGGCCUCUUCAUGAACGUCGCCGGACUAGCUCCACGCGCGGGGAAGUCAUCUCCACGGGUUCCCCAAGGAGCCACCUACAUCAAUAGGUGCUCCAAUGCAUAUUCGACUUGUUGUGCUACAAAGCCAGGAGUGCUACUAGUGGAAACACCCUCAUCAGAUAUGCUUGUUGAUUCUUUCGAGAGGCCUACUGCAUCCGAAUUUAUUGUUCCGUACUGGAAGUUCCUGAAGUGCUUGAAUCAUCCAUUUUGUAUUGGAAUGAGAUUUAACAUUCAGUACAGAAAUCAAGAUGUUAAUGAGCGAUCUAGAAUGAUUACAGGUAUUAAUGAAGUAGACCCCAUUAGGUGGACUAGUUCAAAAUGGAAGAGCCUGCUGGUAGUAAGAUGGGAGUAUGGCACAGACUGUAAUAGCCAAAAUAGACUAUCUCCAUGGGAGAUCGAGAUAGUUGGUGGCUCAGUCUCCAUUGCCCAGUGUUUUGUCCCUUUAAUAAAGGUCCUGGUUUAG